CAGGGCUGGACUGCCACUCCUCCUGCUAUGAUGCCUGGGCAGAUCUCGGACCCUUCCAUGACUGCGGGCUCUCUGCCAGGGCUCAGUCCCCUGACCGGAUUCCCCAGCUUGGCCCUGACUGCAGAGAAGCUGAAAUAUGCUGACAUCUGCCACAUUGGGGCCAUGAUCGCCCCUUUGCACUUCCUGGAGGUGAAACUUGGCAAGAGGCCUCAACCUGUGAAAAGUGAGCUAGAUGAGAAAGAGGAGCAGAGGAAAAGGCACCUGGAAAAGAACAAAGUGGUGGCUGCCCGAUGUCGGAACAAGAAGGAGCGGACGGAGUUUCUGCAGCGGGAAUCCGAGUGGCUGGAGCUCAUGAAUGCGGAGCUGAAAACCCAGAUGGAGGAGCUGAAGCAGGAGCGGCAGCAGCUCAUCCUGAUGCUCAACCGGCAUCGCCCCACCUGCAUCGUCAGGACCGACCGUGUUAAGACCCCCGACUCAGAAGGCAACCCACUGCUGGAGCAGCUGGAGAAGAAGUGACCGUAGGCUGGGAGGGGGAAGAGGUGGAGGAGAUGCAGAGAAGGUGGAGGAGGAGGGUCCCAGAGGGCUCUUCUUUGCUGCAUGAAAAACUCUUCCGUGAGGCUCAGCACAGCCAGCAUCGGCCAGGCUUUUUUGUGAAACUCAGAUCAGCCACACCAGGGGAAGAAACCCAGGCUGAUGAAACCCAGGACCAAGCGCUGAGACCAAAGUAGUCCUGAGGGAGGCCUGUUCUGCCUGGGGCCAGGCUUGCAGGAGGCAGG